GGGGGCGUUUCACUGCGCAGGCUGCUGGAUGGAGGGAUGCGUAAGAGUUACUACACUUUAACUGCAGCUCCACGUUACACACCGGAGUCCAAGGAUGAGGCUCAACAAUGAAGCGUCCAAACCCAGAUCCUCACAUGACACGGAGAGGGAAUUCGGAGGAACCCUGGGUGCUUUAUGCAUUCCCAUCUUUCUUCCGUUGACGGUGAUGUUCCUGAUCUGUAUGAGUCGAUCCCCCGAAGCCGCUGUCUUCCAAUGGCCUCCUCUGCUCCCCUCCAGUGACGAGCUGUGGGACCCUCUGGCCCCCCUGCUUCUGCUGGGAUGGAUCGCUUUUCAUGCCCUCCUCUACUUGAUGCCAGUAGGAAAGGUGUCUGAAGGAUUAGUGCUGAGGGAUGGAACACGCCUCAAGUAUCCCAUUAAUGGUUUUCAUGGCCUGUGCGUCAGCGGCGUGUUGCUGCUGUUGUUUCUGGGGCUCGGGGCUCCUCUUGGGCAUCUGUUUGAGCUGCUGUUGCCUCUGGCGGUGAGCGCAGUAGCCAUGUCGUUCCUGCUCUCCGUCUACCUCUACAUCCGCUCCUUUUGGGCGCCUUCCCAUGCUCUCGCUUUGGGGGGCAACACAGGAAAUCCCUUGUAUGAUUUCUUCAUCGGACGGGAGUUAAAUCCUCGGAUCGGAAACUUUGACCUUAAAUAUUUCUGUGAGCUCAGACCAGGUCUGAUUGGCUGGGUCGUCAUUAACCUGGGCAUGCUGAUGAAGGAGGUGGAGCUUCGAGGGUCCCCCUCCCUCGCCAUGUUACUGGUCAACAGUUUCCAGCUGCUGUAUGUGGCGGACGCUCUGUGGAAUGAGGAGGCUGUCCUGACAACCAUGGACAUUGUGCAUGAUGGUUUUGGCUUCAUGCUGGUGUUUGGAGACCUGGCCUGGGUUCCCUUCACAUACGGCCUGCAGGCAGCCUUCCUGGUUGUGCACCCACAGACCCUGAGUUGGCUCGGAGCUGCAGUUAUAAUAGCACUGAAUGGUAUUGGAUAUUAUAUUUUCAGAAAAUCCAACUCGCAGAAGAACCAGUUCAGACGAGAACCUACACAUCCAAGUGUUGCAAGACUGGAGACCAUCGCCACGGCAACAGGGAAGCGGCUGCUGGUGUCCGGUUGGUGGGGUCUCGUUCGUCAUCCCAAUUACCUCGGCGACCUCCUCAUGGCCCUGGCGUGGUCCCUGCCAUGUGGAUUCUCACAUCUAAUGCCUUACUUCUACGUCAUAUAUUUCGCCGUGCUGCUGAUCCACCGAGAGGACCGGGACGAGAGAAUGUGCCGGACCAAAUACGGAAUAGCGUGGGACACCUACUGUCGCCGCGUCCCCUACAGGAUCUUCCCUUAUAUCUACUGAAAAAAGAAAGCCGUCGGCUGGAAAGGGACCAAAACCAUCGCACAAUAUCCUUGUGAUUUUGCAAAGAACCCAGUGGUAACUUUAAAUGUGAAUCCAUUUUUCAUUUACAUGGACCACAAGUAAUAACCGGUGCUGUUACCGGGGACAUGCAGGGAGCUGACAAUUUUCAUCAGCUCUCACCUGCAAGCCUGCGCUCCAGUUAGAAAAUGAUGGAUCACUCCUUCUAAUUCUUUGCAUUUUCACUUCGAGACCUCACAGCAACGUGAUCCGCUACAAGGUAAAGUCAGUCCCCAUUAAAAGUCUCUGUUCUGAGUUUUCUAAGGCUUUAGCCUCCCAACGGGACACUGUCAGCCUUUUCAUUUCCUUAUGAUGAAAUGAGGGGAAAUAUUAUGAAUUUACUCUUUUUACUUUUAAUGAGAAAACAAACAUUAACUGAACCAAACAGGUAAAUAAUAAUGUCUUAUUCCGUUCCAAAAUGACUGGGUCACCCCAUUUUACCAUGUUUAUUUACAGUGUCUUCCUUGUUGCGUAUUGUUAUUUGUGAAAUACAUUUGAAAUAAACAAAUACAAAAGA